AUGAUUAUCACAGGGGACGAGACCCAUCCCUCAGAGCGUGGUGGCGGUCACAUGAUCUCGACGGAUGACCUUGAGUACCCACGGGAGUACCGGACGCUGGGGAACGGGACGCGGCGUUUCUCCAACGUGGGUCUGGUGCACACCUCGGAGCACCGCCACACGGUCAUCGCAGCCCAGAGCCUGGAGGCCCUUACCAACCUGCACAAGGUGGACAUGGAGCGCAAGAGGGACGCCUUUAUGGACCACCUGAAGAACAAGUACCCGCCCCAGCUGCAGCACCCCGGGCAUCAGCACCACAACCCCCCCCCGCCCUCACCCUCCCAUGGCAGCAUGAGGCAGCCUGACAGAGAGCGAGCCGCUCGCGAACAGCAACAACCCAACUACUGGAGCUUUAAGAGUCGUAGUCCACGUCACUCCCAGUCCACCCAGUCUGGGCUAGCUGACCAGGCCGCUAAGCUGUCCUUUGCCUCGGCUGAGUCUCUGGCUGAGACCAUGUCUGAGGCUGACAUCCCCCUGGGGUUCAGCCGAACCAACCGCUUCCGCCAGAGUCUGCCCCUGUCCCGCUCAGCCAGCCAGAACAAGCUGCGCUCCCCAGGCGUGCUGUUCCUGCAGUUUGGGGAUGAGACGCGGCGGGUGCACAUCACCCACGAGCUGAGCAGCCUGGACACGCUGCACGCCCUCAUCGUGCACAUGUUCCCCCAGAAGCUGACGGCGGGGAUGCUCAAGUCCUCCAACACGGCCAUCCUGAUCAAGGACGAGGCGCGCAACGUCUUCUACGAGCUGGAGGACAUCCGGGACAUCCAGGACCGCAGCAUCAUCAAGAUCUACCGCAAGGAGCCCAUCUACGCCUCCUACCCCGCCACACACCUGGUCAACGGGGACCCGAGGAGGGAUCUGAUGUACACUUCCCGAGAGUCCUCCCCCACCCGCCGCCUCAACACCCUGCCCUCCUCCUCCGCCUCGCCCCCCUCCGGGUCCCCAGCCCGCUCCCGUCUGUCCUACAGUGGGGGUCGGCCUCCCUCCUUCGCCGGGCCGGGUAGUCACCCCCAGCUCCAACAACACUCCCAGCACCAGCAGCACCAGCAGCACCCCCAGCAGCACCAGCCCCAGCACUCCCACCACCCUGGAGCCGGCUCCCACCACGGGGGCCCCAACGCCAGCCUGUCCUCCUCCCCUAGCGCCAUCCUGGAGCGCCGCGACGUCAAGCCCGACGAGGAGGUUUCUGGGAAGAACCUUAUGCUGGUAAAGGAGGGGUUGUACGCCGACCCCUACAGCCUGGUACACGAGGGCCGCCUCAGCAUCGCCUCCACACAGUCGCUGGCCGCCAUCGGAGACCCCUUCGGCUUCCCCAUGUCCGGUGGGCUGUACCGCCGCGGCUCUGUGCGCUCCCUCAGCACCUACUCUGCUGCCGCCCUGCAGGGGGAGCUGGAGGACGCCCUGUACAAGCCUGGAGGUUCCCUCUAUUCCGACUCCUACUCCUCAGCCACACUGGGCAUGGGCUUCCGCAUGCCCCCCUCCUCCCCGCAGAAGAUCCCUGAUAUGCAGCUGAGGGACAGGGGGGACUCGUACUCUAGCUCCCCCAGCCGAGCCUCCCCGGUCAGGCAGACCUUCCGCAAGGACUCAGCCUCCUCUUCCGUGUUUGUGGAGAGCCCCAAGUCCAGGCCCAGCUCCAGCUCUGACCCUCUGGCCCUGCAGGCCGGGCCGGGAGGGGACGGGAGCAGGUUUGCGCCCGGAUACAGCUCCCCACUCCAUGGAGAGACUUCUGAGUCCAGGGACCGUGCGGACCGUCUGGAUCGUAUGGAGGCCAUGGAGAAACAGAUAGCCAGUCUGACAGGCCUGGUUCAGAGUGUACUGACCAAAGCACCCGACAGUGACAGCACAUGCGGCCUACUGCGUCUCUGCAUGAUGGCGGGCUGCCCUCCGGACCAGGGCUCGGAGUUCUCACGGCCCUUCCCUUUCUCUUCCAGCGAGAAGACCGAAUCCAACAGCGACGGCUCCGCCACUGGAACUCUGACGCCGUCGGCCCCGCUGGCUCUGAUGCCCCCCCCUCCUUCCGGAGACAGCCAGGUCACCACCGUCACCCGGCUGCAGAUGCAGCUUCACCUCCACGAUCUGCAGCAGAACGCCACCGACCUGCGCAAACAACUCUCCCAGCUCCGCAAGAUGCAGCUCCAGAACCAGGAUAGUGUGAAGACGCUGCUGAAAAGAACGGAGAAGGAGCUGAACGUGCGUGUGAGUGACGCUCUGAGGAAGCAGGAGGACCCUCUGCAGCGACAGCGCCUCCUGGUGGAAGAGGAGAGACUCAAGUACCUCAACGAGGAGGAGUUUAUCAUCCAGCAGCUCCAUGACCUGGAGAAGUCAGUGGAGGAAAUACAGAAGGGUUCGUCUGUCAAUCACAAACUGGUGACGUUUCAGGAGCUGGAGGAGAAGGCCUCGCUUCUGAGGAAACUAGGAGAGACACUCACAGAGCUCAAGAACCAGUUCCCCAGUCUGCAGAGUAAGAUGCGGGUGGUGUUGAGGGUGGAGGUGGAAGCUGUCAAGUUCCUGAAGGAGGAGCCACACAGACUGGACGCCCUGCUGAAACGCUGCAAGAGUGUCACUGACACACUGACCACUAUGCGCAGGCAAGUGAACGAGGGCGUAUGGAAGAAGCAGGAGGACUUCCCCAAGCACAGCAGUGAGGACUUCCGUAAGAGUUCUGACUUUGACAUGCCCACCAGCCCCCCUCUCAACCUCAGUGACCUGAGGGGCGGCAGCAGCCUGUCAAACUGGAGCCCCCACUCCAGCCACAGCCAUAGUCACAGUCACGGUCAUGCACACAGCCACCCCUCCUCUGGCCCUCACAGGGACAAUCAUCCCCCUGUGCCUCACAAGGGCCGGGCCCUGGAAGAGCUGGCCAACCGCGCUGCCGCUGAUAAGGCUGUGUCUGUGGAGGUUCGACUGGCAGCGGAGCGGGACUGGGAGGAGAAGCGGGCCAGUCUGACCCAGUACAGUGCUCAAGACAUCAACCGUCUGCUGGAGGAGACCCAGGCUGAGCUGAUGAAGGCCAUCCCAGACCUGGACUUUGCCGCCAAGCAGAUCAACAAGCCCUCCUCCAACACACCCUCCCAGUCUCAGACCCCCCAGAGUGGGGGAGGGACCCCAGAGCACCGCCCUACCAAGCCCCAGCACGCCACACACAAGCUCUCGGGGAAGGAACCUGGCUCCAGACGUGGUUCUGAUGCAGAGCAGCUGACAGUGACUCGCUAUCGUACAGAGAAGCCCUCGAAGUCGCCCCCUCCCCCACCACCUCGACGCAGCUUCCCAUCAUCCCCGGCUGGCCUGAUCACCCGCAGCGGAGAGAUCCUUAUCCCCGGCAAGAGCAUGAAGCCGGAGGCAGAGGAGGCAGAAGCACAGAAGCCCCAUGUGAAGCUGCGACGGACGGUGUCUGAAAACCCGCGUCCUGCGUCCACCCCUCCCACCAUCGCCUCUGGAGACAAGGAGGAGGGAGAGGAGGACAAUAUUGCUGCUGAACUGGAGCUGUUUCAGAGAGCCCCCCUCAGGCUCAGCCACCCCCCUCCCCUGUCCCUGCCCAGUGCCCCCCGCAGCAGGACCAGCGUGCCCCCCUCCAGCCUCGACCUAUGGCCCCCAGGGGCCCCAUGCACCAAGAGUGCUCUCCACAGGGUCUCCUGUCAAACACAGCAGCUGGUCACCAGCACACCGACUGUACAUUGUGAAACUCUAAACUGUGUCUACCAGCUGUCUAGAGCAUCGUUGGACUGCUCUGGCCUACAGUGGAAGCAGGGCAGCUCAGAAUGCACUGCCAGCAUACUGGCAUCACACUCACAGGCACAGAGCAUGGCCCUUCCUGGUUCGUCCUUCUCUCCUGUCCCCCGGAUUGUGCUGACAGAGUGUGUGUCAGUUUCACCCUCUCCCUCAGAAGGCUUUGUCAGAGACUUGACACAAGACCAUCAGAUGUCCCCAACAGUGGGCCAGUCCCAGAGUAAGACUGCUCCUCCCCAGACAGUCCCCAAGAUCCAGCAGGUCUCUAAGGGGAAGGAUCCCGUCAGCCAGCCCCAGAGGAAGCCCUCUCGGCGGGGGGGGCUGAGAAUCCUGGAGUCCUUUGAGAAGAAGGAAGAGAGGGAAGAGAGAGAAGAGCUGUCCUUGGUGCUGACUGAGCUGGGGGUGAUGGUGAUGUCACCCUCGGAGGCCCAGAAGCUCAGCAGGACCUGGGGAGAGGCUCUACAGACACUGACCAUCCCACCUCAGCCUUCAGAGGGAAGCACUGAAACCCGUCUGUGUGGGGCUCCACUACUUGUACUCUUCAGGGAGACUGUGACGGUCAGAGAGGCCUACAGGAAGCUGCAGUUACUGCUGGGCAGGGAGGAGGACACAGGGUCAUCCAAGGUGGUCCCCAAGCCCAGAGCACAAUCUUCUCACAGCAGCCUGAGCAGCAGCCCCAGUACCCUGGGUUCCAAGAUAACUCUCUCCCCUGAGCAGCAGGACUCUCUGAGAGAGGCUCUGAGGAGAGGGGUGGAGACAGGGGCCAGGAACCUGACACUCCCUCACAGCACUGGAACAAAGAGCAUUCUAGCCACCCUUCCGGAGCCCAGUCAGGACUCUGCAGAAGCAGCAGUGAAACCCAAAGGGUCUGCAGGGUGUGAGGAGAGCCAGGCCAGGGAAGAACAGGGUCUGAACCCCUGGAACCAAGGAGAGGACAUUAGGAGCAGCACCUACAGGAGGCUGGACAGCCUGGAUGAAACCAUCCGCGAGCUGGAGAACACCCUGCUGGAGCUCAGUGGCCACCCCACCACAGUGCACCUCUCCCCCCCCACACCCCCCACUGACACUGCCUUGCCAGAGGCUCCAGACCCAGCCCAGACGCCUGGCACCAGCACCCCAGAGACCAAGAAGCCCCCAGUCCCACCCAAGCCCAAACCCUGCUACACUCCUGCCACAAUGACCAAGGGAGGCAACAGCUCUUCAGCUGUGGGUAAAGUCCACUCCUCGGCUGCCUCCAGACUGAAGCACCUGCAGCAGAGCAGCAUAGAGAAGACCAAAACUGGCAAGAGGGAAGACUUCCUCAAGGGCCAGCAGCAGUGAGUGAGGGACCAGCCUGUGCCCCGUGCCUGUCCUCUCCAGACUCCUCCUCAGCACCAACCACCUGACUACAGAGCUGCAUCUGACCCCCCACCCCAUCCCCUGCUACUCCUAGUCCACGCCCUUAAGUCUCUGACUCCUGUACCCUCUCAAGUCCUACAUUGACCCCACAAUGCACAAGAUAUCUACCACUCUCCCCUUGGUGUGUUUGUGUGUGUGUUCUGUAUGUUUGUGUGUGCGCAUGUCUGUGUGAAUGGAAGGGUGCAGUCGGGGACCACUACCAACUAUAUGACUGUACUCUCUUCUUUCAUUUCUCUUUUUCCCCCUGAAACCUCUACAAUUUUCCCCAAUUCUCCAUGUUCCUCCUCCUGUUCCUCCUGUUCCUGGUCUGUCCCUGGGUCUGACCCGUAGGCCCAUGGGAACAGC